UUGGAGGCGUAGAGGCUGUUCCCGUGGGCAUCUGAAAGCACGUGUGGGUGACAUGUGGUCCGGCUGAUCAGAGGGAGCGCAAGGCAGAGAGGCUGGUCUUCCAUCCCCGCAUUAGCUUUGCGUUGGCAUCGGACUCCCGCUUCACCUUGGCCAUCUCCAGCCAUGAAGCUCCUUCUGCUGACCUUGACUGUGUUCCUGCUCUUGUCCCAGCUCACUCCAGGGGACACCCAAAAAUGCUGGAAUCUUCACGGCAAAUGCCGCCACAGAUGCCACAGGAAGGAGAGAGUCUAUGUUUACUGCGUAAAUGGUAAAAUGUGCUGCGUGCCCCCCAAGUACCUACCGAAAGAGAAGUCCUGGGCAUUUUAAGUGCUUCAAAGCCUGAAACAAUGAAGCAAACCUGAGGUCUGACUUCUGGCAGAUUCGUGAGCUCUAUCAAUAACCAUCGCUGGCUGAUCCCUGCGUUGCUUGUUAGACUACUCCAGCAAUUCUCAGGAGGUCCCCUUUCAAGUGGUCUGAGAAGCCAAAACUGCUUCUUAAUGAUAGCAAGACACUAUUUGCUUUUUCUAGUCUCUCUCACAAAUGUAUGGUGGAAUUUUCGGGAAUCUAUGUGAGAUAGUAUGACAUCAUGGUUCUGGCAGCUAACAAAAGAUGUGCUAUAUAUUCUCACAUUUCCAGAAUUUUCUAAGGUAGAAGACUUAAUGUUUAAGUAUGUCCAUUUUCAAAGAUUAAUACAGUUUGUUCUCAAUAAUUCUACUGUCCUUUUGCAAACUAUCUUUGGUUGUAUUACUCAUCUCUGUAACCUCAUGAUCAUCUAA